AUGGAGGCGGCGGUUCAAGAACACCAACUUGAGACCGGUACCUCCUUCGGACUCUUCCAGCAGGACUAUAGCAACACGGCAAUUUUGGCGUCAGAUACUUGGCUCAAAAGAGUCUGGAAAGAGUUGGAGGACUUGGAUAUCUACGUUGCUCUUGACUCUCCUGUCCUCCCUCUCCGAUGCGAAGGCGGUGCCUUGCUCAUUGAGGUAUUUAUGGAGUUUGAAGUGGAUCAGGACGCUCUGAAGUGGCUCAACUGGUGCCAUAUGUUCCUCCAAGUUUGUACCGUCUGCGACAUCUUGACGGCCGAUGGCCGCAGCAUUCGAGAGUCCAUGUGGCAUGGGGAACGUGACUACGCUCAUCGGUCUUCAUAUCAAUGGCCUCGCACCGUCCGGCCCCACAGGCACCAUUGGAGGGUGUGA